GUUUAUUUCGGGUAUGCGAAAGAUCUGACCUAACCUUAGACGUCAACGCAAAACUUGCAUAGCAAUUUUUGUUUGAUAAUUGCAUUAAAAAAACUAAAGGUGGUGUCCUGUUUUACAGAGUACAAUGUCAGAUAGUACUCAGCUGGAAAAAAAGGAAGACUCGUUGCCUACGAGUAAACAAACCGAGGUACCAAAUAAUGAAUCUUGCAAACGAAAGCGUAAAUUUUCAGGUACUGGUGAUGACGCGUCUUCGAUAAAAAAAUCGAAGGAAAAUUCUGUUUCUGACCAACAAGGUGAAAAUGCUAAUGAGCUUACGGAACAAAAUGCUAUUGUCCAACCUUCAGUGAAGAAAACGGAGAAAGAAUCAACCGAGAAAACGAACGAAUCCGAUGAAAAACAGACAAAAGAAUCCACCGAUUUGAACAAACAGACGGAAAAAAAGACAAGUGGUGAUUCGGUAACGAAAUUGCCAGUUACGGACAAAAACAAUGAGGGUGACAAGAAAACUGAUUCCGACUCAUCUGAGAAAUCCACAAAACCCGUUAAGACACCAUUCAAAAGCUCUGGUUUCUCAAUGUUUUCUUCUACAAGCUCACCUUUUGCAGGUGUCACUUCUGACCAACAAUCACCUUUUGCAUCUGUGAAGACUUCUACUGCGGGAUUUGGAAGUACCUUUGGCACCUUGGGAAAAAUGAAGUCUACAUUUGGAAAAAAGUACCUUGAAAAUGAAAAAGCGUCUUCUGAAGACAACAAAAAGGAACCAACGGAAGACGAUACCAAGACUCCUGGAAAAUUUGAAGACCUCUUGAGCACUUCUGAAAAACCAUCGCCUUCCUCCAAUUCAGAUGAAAAGAAUGAGAUUAGCGAUACAAAGUCUGAGUCGGUUACCGCUACCGCUACUGUCGCAAAACCUCUUACAGAGGAAGAAUUAGUCACGGGCGAAGAACAUGAAGAAACACUUUUCUCCGUGCGUGCUCGUCUUUAUGUCUUAGACCCGGAGUCGAAGGCUUGGAAAGAACGGGGAAGAGGUUUGUUAAAAGUUAAUAUCCCCGGCAAAGAGAGUACAAGCACCGCUGGCCGUCUAAUUAUGCGUGCAGAUGCUGUCCACCGUGUUAUCUUGAAUGCUCCUUUGUUUUAUGGGAUGUCUGAGCAAAGUGUUAAAAUUGACGCCGCGUCGAGCGGUGCAGCUACAAAUUUUGUACGUCUGUUUCUCAUCGAAAACAACCACUCUGUAUUAUACGCAGUGAGGGUUAAGGAUCCAGCCGCCGCAACUGAGCUUCGCGAAAAUAUCCUCAAGGCUAUCCCCCAGAGUAAACAGGAGUGAGCAACAUGUUUUCCUGACUAUGUGGUGGCCUAUUCACUUUCCGUUAACGCUAACGUACAUCUGUGUUACAGCAAAACAAAUCUUUACUUUUGGCAAACAGUUUCCUUUCUCGUCAUACCAAUCUGUCUCCGAUACGUCGAGCGUCUUAUUCGAGUGGCGGAUCAUACUUUUGUAUAUCAUCAUUUCUAUGUGUUUAUGCUUUACAAGCUCUUGACACAUUCUGUACUUUUGGCUUCAUGUGCUCAUGCUAACGUUUGCAACGUACGCAUUUCGUCAUAACUAUUCUUCGACAUAUAACAAUAAUUCCGGCAUUACUUCCGGCUCUAACACCAUUUCUGAUCGUUCAGUUGGUUU